AUGUCAUCGCUGGAGUACAUGAAAAAGGAUUGUGUCGCGUCUGGGACCCUGUCAUCGGCCUCUCUGAAAGACACUUUAACUAAAAUCAACAGCCGGAGACAUAAAGCUCGAAAGAAGACCUCACCCCAAAACAAAGAGGAGCAACAAGCAGAAUGUGACGUUUGCAGGCUGUCUUUACUCAGUUGUGGCAGUCGCAGCCGUACUGUCCGCAGAAUCCUGGUGGCUUGUGUCAUCUCUUUCCUGGCUCUUCUCUCUGCUGUGACCAUGGACUUCAACUCAUCUUUGGCUCAAUGUACUGAUAUGGACAGUUUGGGUCAGCCCUGUGAUGUUGAGUUUCUUGAGUUUUGUGAGCAUCUUCAAUCCAACCUUGAAGAGUUUCUCAAUGCUACAUGGAGAGCUGAGUCAAUGGAUGCUAAUGAAACCACAGUUUUUACUCUAGCAAUUGAGAAGAUAUUAAACACAUGGGGCGUCAGAGAUGUUGAUAUUGGCUUCCUCAAACACAACACAGACUGGACAGAUGUCCUUGCUCUGAAACUGCUUUUAACUGUCCAGGAGUUGAACUAUCGCUGGAUAACAGGUGAAAAGAAAAGAGAUGAAAUAUGGCAUGCAACAGCACUCAUGUCAGUCAUAAAAGACAUGUCUGAAAACCUCUAUAACUGUUGGAUGGAAAAUACUGAUUUAGAGCUAAACGGGAGUAAUAUAAGAUAUUUAAUCUUCUCUACUGCCACAACUUCCAGUGGAUCCACAGAGUUGAUGCUGGCCUUGAAGAACACGCUGAGAUGUUUUCACACCCGAGCUGGAUGGGCUCUGAAACUGAAAUCCAGAGACAUCUCGUCCAGCAUCAGUCUGAAGAUCUGCCUGCUCGCCAUCGCCUGUCUCAUUUACCCCAUAGUGCUGCUCUCCUUCAAACAAAUGACAGAAUGGAUCCAGGACUACGCUCAGAGCCUCAGGGAGAAGACAGAAGACCUGAAGAGAGAACGACGUCUUGCAGAAGAUCUCCUUCAUCAGAUGCUGCCCAAAUCUGUGGCCAAGCAGCUACGCCAACAGAAACACGUAGAGGCUGAGAGUUAUGAGAAGGUUACUAUUUUUUUCUCAGACAUUGUGGGUUUUACUGCAAUAUCAGCCUCUUGCACUCCACUACAAGUUGUUGAGAUGUUAAAUAACCUCUACAUGUGCUUCGACACACGCAUCGACUCCUAUGACGUCUACAAGGUGGAGACUAUAGGAGAUGCAUACAUGGUGGUCAGUGGACUGCCAGAGAGAAACGGAGACAGACAUGCAGAUGAGAUCGCUAAAAUGUCUCUGGAUCUGGUGGCUGCGGUCAGACAGGUGCCAAUACCUCACAUGCCUAACAAACGCCUUCAGCUCCGAGCCGGAAUACACACAGGUCCUUGUGUAGCUGGCAUUGUUGGGUACAAGAUGCCGCGGUACUGUUUGUUUGGAGACACAGUUAAUACGGCCUCUCGGAUGGAGUCCACUAGCCUGCCACAGAAGGUUCAUGCAAGCUCUGCUACAUACCUGGCACUCAUGAAGGACAAUGCGUAUGAACUGCAGUUACGCGGUGAGAUUGAAGUAAAGGGAAAAGGAAAAAUGGACACUUACUGGUUG